CGUCCCCCUUAUAAGCACGCAUUUAGGCCCCUACACGAAGACGUUCGUGACACUUUGAACUUCGGACGCAGGACGGGGCUAGCUCCCAUCACACGCCUUCAAGUCGCAGACAUGGCUAAACUCCGCAAGGCCCGGCGAGUGCGGCGACCACCCAAGUCGGAAAGCUUUACGAGCAGACUCAGAAAAUGCUGCCCGAUUGUGAAGGCGCUGUUCAGGUACAUCUGGACGACCGUGACAUCCGCCGUGUUCCUGGUCACGUUGAGCAUGGCGCUGUGCGCCAUGUGGGCGUACCAGCUGCCACCGCCCCAGAACCGUCCGUUCCCGCCCCCGCCUCCGCCCUGGUGGGACCCGGCGACGCGACCGCACACCCCGCAGCGCGGGCCCAUGCCGCCCCGCGUGUGGCCCUUCCCGGCCACGCUGAACCUCAUCAGGCCCGGUUUGUGGAGCACCUACAACGGCACUCUGCUGCAGGCUGUCUCACCGGACGAAGUCACCUUCAUCACGCGUCUCCACAACGAGCUGCGCCAGAUGCUGGCCGCCGGAAAGCUGCCGAGAUUCCCGACGGCGGCGGACAUGCUUCUCCUGGAGUAUGAUGGAGAAGUGGCAAGGCGGGCCCAAGUCCACUCGCAGAGUUGCCGUUUCCAACAUGGCUGCUUUGGAUGCGGACACAUUAGGGGCUACAUCGGUCAAAACUUGUUCCUGGCGCCCAGAGGCAACUGGGAGCAAGCCAUUAAGACCUGGUGGGACGAAAACCGGCAGACAAACCCCGGCAUCAUCAGCCGCUACAACUUCUCUCCCCGCGACGGACACUUCACGCAGAUAGCCUGGUCCCGCAAUGGAAAAGUUGGCUGCGGUGCCACUGACUGCCCCCAGCUUGGCGGGCGCUACAUGGUCUGCAACUACGAACCUGGAGGCAACAUGAUCAGGCAGCCGGUGUACAGGGAAGGUUGGCCGUGUUCCCAGUGUCCCCAAGGAACAAUCUGCACAUCUGUUGGUGGUCAGGACUCUGAAGAGAUGUCGCUUUGCGGACGCGAGUCCUUCAAUUGUCCACCCGAACCCCCUGCACCUCCCAAUCACGCAGCGUAAACUUCGUCGCCCGAAGUGUGAACGUUGCUCGCAAGGCCAGGUACUGAAUUCAUUCAGGCCGUCACCACAUUGGUACAUGUUAGGAGGCGAAGAAUCAUUACAUAAUCUUUUAUGACAUUUACAAAGUUACAAACAAGGCACCUUAUUUUAGCCAAUUUCAGUGUCUAUAUCCAAUUUAUUCUUCUUGAACAAGAAUAAAGCUCUUGACAAUA